AUAAAUAUAAAAUAUUUAGUCAACAUUACGCACCACAAGGAUGUUUUUGUUCAAACUAGGCAUAUAUAUGAGUAAGCUCAAAAAUCAAGAUCAUUGUUCAGUGGUGAUCGUGAUCCUCUUCUGAAUUCUUUCUGCACUUUUGAGACAUCAAGCAUACCAUAACCUUUGUUUCUUGUCAGUACUCUCUCACUGAAAUCCAAGUCAGAGUCAAGUUUCACUUCCCAAAGUUCUUCAUCCUUUUGGCCUUUUCCCAUUUGGAAAUGGUUGAGCUCAACACCACCAAGAUGAAAACCUGGAUGUUUUCACACUGAUCUUCCACCCCUUUAACCUCUCCAACCCUUUUCCCUUCCCUAAUGGAAGUUAUGUCCAACACCAUCACCAAACAAACCAAACUAGCACUUUCUCAAGGCACCAUCCACUUCCAAAAGCUUUCUUUCUGGUUUGCUCCUCGAACUCGUCCACCCGGUUAACUUCCUUCUUUUCUUUCUCUUCUGCCUCCACUCCCCUAAAAAGGGUUUUAACAAAAACGCCUCAUGAUCACAGUUUUGCUCCAAAAAUCAACCUUUUUAGAGUUUCCCUCAUCGUAAUUUUUCUAACCACUGCAAUUCUAUCUGCAUAGGCUGUGUUUGUCUGCAAUUUAAAACCUUUAAUAUUAUGGUUCACUCCUUCUAUGAGAAAAGCUCUUCUUCUGGCUCUGAUAUUUCGGGGUUGUUCAAUCCCACUUUGCAAAGUGUUGGAGCUUCUUCCAAUGGUGAAGUUGCGAAGGAUGGCUUGUCAUCCGCACAUUCUUUGGUUUAUGAGAGUGAGAAAGGAGAGCUGGUGAAGUGCUCUUCAGCUGCAAGGGUAGGGAAGAAUGAGAUUUGUGAGGCCAAAGCUUUGGCUGCUUUGAAGAAUCACAGUGAAGCAGAGAGAAGAAGGAGGGAGAGAAUAAACGGUCAUCUUGCAACACUACGUGGCCUUGUACCAUCCACUGAAAAGAUGGAUAAAGCCACUUUACUGGCUGAAGUGAUAAAGCAAGUGAAGGAAUUGAAGAAAACUGCAGUAGAAGCAAGCAAGGGUUUUCCUAUCCCAAUGGAUGCUGAUGAAGUGAAAGUUGAACCAUGUGAUGGAUUAUCCAUGUCUUACAGUGCAACUAUUUGCUGUGAUUUUCGACCUGAAAUAAUAUCUGACCUAAGACAAACCCUUGAUUCUCUUCCACUGCAUCUAGAGAAGGCAGAAAUUUCAACUUUGGCAGGAAGAAUGAAGAAUGUAUUCGUCUUCACAUGUUGCAAAGAGAACAUUAAUAUUGAUACUGAAGCAUGCCAAGCUCUUGCAAGAACUGUUCAUCAGGCACUGUGUUCUGUACUGGAAAAGGCUUCUGCCUCACUUGAGUUCUCACCCAGAACAUCACAUGCUAACAAGAGGAGAAGACUAUGCUUUAUUGAAACAUCCACUUCCUCAUGCAACCAUGGAUCUUGUUCCUGUUGAUGUCUACAAUUUCAUGUGUUAUGUUCUUUAUUUCAACUGUUACAAAGUAGUACCACACUUGAUUGUAUGUUGUCAAACAUAUUUUCUAUUAUUGGGUGAAUCUCAUGGAGUAAUAGAUGAGAUUCAUUGAA